GCUAUUCGUUCCAUCAGCCUUUCUCAUCUCAAGUCUCAUCAGUCGGCGUAGUUGAGUACUGGUACUCUACUAUAUUCGUCUGCUUGCUCUGGACCUCUGGUGUGGCUAUGCCAGCUACCGGCGGGGGUCCUGGCGCCGCGCAGCCGGCGGUGGCGAGGAGGCCGAGCAGGUACGAAUCGCAGAAACGGCGUGACUGGCAGACGUUCGUGCGGUACCUGGCGGCGCACCGCCCACCGCUCGUGCUGCGCCGGUGCAGCGGUGCCCACGUACUCGAGUUCCUCCGCUAUCUCGACCGCUUCGGGAAGACCCGCGUCCACGCGCCGCCCUGCCCGGCCUACGGCGUACACGCGAUAACGGCGACGGCGCCGUGCCAAUGCCCGCUCCGCCAGGCGUGGGGCAGCCUCGACGCGCUCGUCGGCCGCCUACGCGCCGCCUUUGACGAGCGCUACAGCCGCAGCGUCAGCGCGCCGCCGCCGCAGCAGCAAGACGCCAGUUGCAACCCCUUCGCCGCACGCGCCGUCAGGCUAUACCUGCGUGACGUCCGCGAUGCGCAGUCUAGGGCGCGCGGCAUCUCCUACCACAAGAAGAAGAAGAAACGCAAGCUUGCCACUGGAAGCUGCACCGUGGAGGCCUCGUCCUCCAAGAACGGCGGCUGCGCGGACGCCAACUCGGACGGCGAACGCGGGCACAAGACUACGAUGACGACGAAGGCUAACGUGGCGCCGGUGCCUCAAGCACCGCCACCGCUGCCGCCUCUGCCGCCAUGCCUGGCCGGGGUACCGUUCGAGUGCGGCUCCGACACGGGAAGCAUCGUUGGAGGAGGGGGGUCUAUUGGCGCCGGCUACUACGGCGGCAUAUACUUGCCGUUGUUCUUCAACGCAUUUAAUUAGCUUGUUGAUAGAUUAGCCUCAAAAUGCCUCGUAGUGCCCAAUUAAUGUUCGAUUAUAAUCGACGUACGUCGAGGGCGUCGUAACGCACCCUAUGUUACUUUGCUUAUUAUUAUUAAUUCUUGUAGUUGUUCCGUGGUCUAUGUAGGCAUUUCGUGUAUCAUUCAGAGUACUCAUGGCUCAUGAGAAUGAGAUCUACUACUUCAUUCGUUUCAAAACAGAUGACCAAAUUUUAUAUUAACUUUGAAUUAAAGUUAUUAUAAAGUUGAGUCAUAUAUUUUGAAACGGAUGGA